CUAAAGAACUCAGUUUCCAAUGGCCUCUUCAUUUCUUUCUUCUUCUAAUUGUAAAUGGAAAUACGAUGUGUUCUUGAGUUUUAGAGGUGAAGAUACUAGAAAGAAUUUCACUGACCAUCUAUAUGCUGCCUUAGAUCAAAAGGGAAUUUUCACGUUUAGGGACGAUGAAGAACUUGAGAGAGGAAAGGAAAUUUCAUCUGAACUCUUGAGUGCAAUUGAGAAAUCCAUGAUUUCCAUCAUAAUUUUACCCAAAAACUAUGUUUCUUCUACAUGGUGUCUAGAAGAACUUGCAAAAAUUGUUGAGUGUAUACAGGAGAAGCAACAUACUGCUUUGCCAAUUUUUUAUUAUGUAAAUCCAUCUGAUGUACGGAAUCAGACCGGAGAUUUCAAGAAAGCAUUUGAUAAACAUGAAGAAAGUUUCAGGGAGAAUAAGCAAAAGGUGGAAAGGUGGAGAUCCGCUGUCACUCAAAUAUCUAAUCUUUCUGGAUUGCAUUUGCAGGACAGCCAUGAAUCUGAAAUUAUCCAAACAAUUGUUAACAUGAUAUCCCAAAAAUUGGAUACUCCAUUCCCCAUUAAUGUCCCUAAGGACCUUGUUGGAGUAGAGUCUCGUGUCGAGGAAUUGAUAAAGUACUUAAAGCCACUGUCAAAUAAUGUUCGUUUCAUUGGCAUAUUGGGAAUGGGUGGAAUAGGUAAAACUACACUUGCUAGAGUUGUAUACGACUGGCUAUCAGAUCAAUAUGAAGGUUCUUGCUUUCUUGCCAAUGUUAGAGAAGUCUCUCAAAAUAAAGUUCUAAUUUGUUUACAAGAACAGCUUCUGUCAGAGGUACUUUUCCGUAAAAAAUCAAAUAUAUGGGAUGUUCAGAAAGGAAUCCAAUUGAUAAUAAGAGGGCUACGUCGGAAAAAGGUUUUGCUGGUUCUUGAUGAUGUUGAUAAACAAGAACAAUUAAAAGCAUUGGCUGCUGCACCUGAUUGGUUUGUAUCUGGGAGUAGAAUCAUCAUUACAACAAGAGAUGAACAUUUGCUAAUUAGACAUGGAGUCCAAUAUAUAUAUAAUGUUGGAGGAUUGGAUCAUGAUGAAGCUAACAAGCUCUUACAAAUGAAGGCUUUCAAACAUAAACAACCUACACAUGAACAUUUUGUGAUGUCAAAGCAUGUCAUAAACUACACACAAGGCCUUCCGUUAGCUCUUGUAGUUGUGGGAUCAUUUUUGUGUGACAGAAGUGUUGACAAAUGGAAAAGCGCCUUGGAUAGGCUAAAAGAACAUCCUGAUGAAGAAAUUUUGAGAGUACUUAGAAUAAGUUACGAUGGACUAAAGAUCACAGAAAAGCAAAUAUUCUUAGAUAUAGCUUGCUUCUUGAAAGGGAAGGAUAAAGGUUGA